CAUGCCGAAAGCUGGUUUUAAAAAAGCGUCAUUCCCACAAAAGAAGUCAGCAGUUUCAGAUACGAUCAGUGAUCUCUCAGACGAUGAUUUAUUGGAAUCAAAGCCAGUCAAGAUGCCCAUAAAACCGAUGGAAAAUGUUAGGCCUGUGAGAAAAAGAGCAGCGGAGGACACGUAUCCCAUACAAGCUGACGAAGAUACUUUAAAUUUAAACUUGGAUGAUGAAGUUAGUAAAAUGUUAGAAUCAUUCGAAUCGGGUAUGCAGCGUGCAUUAAACGCGAAGAGAAAACGCCUACAAGAAUUUGCAUCAGGACCAAUAAAAGUCAUCCAAAACAAAAUUACACAGCUUUGGACAGCACAGCGUGAGAAACGGAAGAUCGACUUAAAUGAUUUUCAGGAAAACGUCAAAAAAGUUCGCCAGAAGUGGGAAUCAAAUCUAGACAAUUUUAAAGAAGAAGAAAAGAAAUUAUUUACAUUACUUCACAGACACAUGAAGGCAGCUAAAGAAAAAUAUGAUACUAUGAAAGAAAAUAUUGAAAUGUUGAAACAGUUGCAUGAAGACUUUUUCAAGGAUGGACGUUGGUCAUGGAAGGACAGGGGCUGCAUCAGACGAGCGACGUUGACAAGUGUUUGCCACUCAUACCAUAGAACCUGUAUGGAAAGUACAAGGAGUAAUUAUGUGUUAUUUCUUGGUGAUGGAAUAAUUGUAAUUGUUAUAGACAGUUGAAACAUGUUUUGUUUAGAGACUCUUACUUAAUCUUGGUGUUAGACUUGCUAGAAGCAAGACUUGUCUUUGA